AUGCCAAUCAAGCUUCCCAAAGGCUUUGCCCGGCGAAAAUCGGCUGGAAAUGUUUUAGAUGAAGGCGAUGCUCCACAGCAUUCGUCCUUCCGAGUUAUUGAACGUCCUUCGGCAGACAGGAAAUCGUUCAGUGACGGAAAUGCUCUCUCGAAACGGAUGAGCGACGGCCAACUGUUACGCACGCCGACAGAGGAUCAGGAGAACAUCUUUGCAGGACAGCAUCACCUGCACCCCAAGAAUUCCGGCGCUGUACACGAAGGCUCUCGGUUUAACUCAUCGACUCGUCGCUCCACGGACGGACCAACGGCUGAUUCGCCGCACUCACGAAGCUUGUACGAUAUCCCGAUCCCUCCAUUGUCGGGUGCAUUACGCGCCGCUGGUCGGACAUUCUCUUUUGGUGGGAGAUUCUCCAAGGCAUCGGCGCCACCACAGCCAUUGACCCCGGCACCCUCGAGACAUAGGGCAAUGACAAACAGCACGUCAAGCACCGCGACGCCUCCUAGACUAAUGGAGACGGAUUUGCAGAUCGGCCCGAUGGGGGAUGAUUUUAACAUCGAUUUUAGCAAGCGGGAUAAGUCGCGGGAAUCGUCGUCUCGAGUCGCCUUGACCGAGGGGUCGGCCAAUCCGGCACCCGGUCCUCGGAAAGACAACAGAAGCCCGCGCCCAACACCCAUCGAUACCAGUCGUUCGAAGGAGGUCGAGCCUUCCCCCUAUUCAUGGGACAGCAAGCAUUCAGAAGAGGGCCUCCUAGCAACUUCCUACUCCCCCCAUGAUGUUUCCUCCGCAGAUCGACCCGGUUUCACCCAGUCCCCCUCGUAUGGGGAGAGACGCAAAUCUCUCCCGUUGGCUACUGCCAUGCCUUCCACGACGUCUCAUCGGGCUCUCGACAAGCCCCAGGGGGCGGUGGAUCAAGGGUUAAGGAGGAGUGUUAUGUUCUCCAGCAAGCGAGACGACGAGGACAUGGAAGAUGACGACGCAAAGUUGAUCAUGCACUCUCUCUACAACAGGAGAAACUCCGAGGUCCCAUUGACUUUCGACCAUGACGGUUCGGACCACGAAAACGACACGCCUCUGUUCAGCAAUGAUCGCGCGGCCGCCGUGGAUCACGUCGAGCCCCGCGCAGCGCAAUCUGGUGGAGCACAAAAUUCUUUCGGAGUGGCGGAAAGCUAUCCGGACCAUUCUAUCGCAGCGAAUGCACGAUUGGCUGCACAGUACGAAAAGACUAAGCCACCCGGAUCUUCGUCGACGAAAGUCAUGACCCCGUCUCAGUUCGAGCAUUACCGCCAGCAAAAAGAGCUUAAACGGUCCAAUAGCGAUGCGUCCAAGAGUGAGAACUCCGAGGACAGCGAAUUGGAUGAGGAGGACGAGGUGGAAAAGGGCCGUGAGGUAGAGAGACAGCGACGGCGACAGGAAGCGCAUCUGUCUGUGUACAGACAGCAGAUGAUGAAAGUCACUGGCCAGCAAUUGGCCGCUCCACCGCUGCGGCCCGAACUGGACCGCGCCAGCAAUAGCGCCCCGAAUCUGGCCACGCCGACCUUGAAUCCCGGGAGUAAAUCAGCGAGCGGGAAGAGCAGCGAAGGCGAUGAGGAUGAAGAGAUCCCUUUGGGAAUCUUGGCGGCGCAUGGGUUUCCGAAUAGGAACCGUCCGCCCAGCCGCCUCGCCCCCUCGAACUCCAUCCCCAAUAUGCGGGCGUCGUACCACCACCAACCUUAUGUCUCGUCCCCGGGAUCGGGUGUGGAACAGGAUUUCUCCAACCGCUUCAGCUUGCCGGUCUUUGCGAGGAACUUGCCGCGGGACCCCUACUACGGAGCCGGUCUGGUGAACCCCCCCAACCGCGAGUCCCUGGCAUUUGGGGGAGGUGCCUCGGUCCAUGGGGGACCCACAGCUACUGUGGGUCCUCCCCCCGGUUUACCUCCCGGGGGUCUUGUGGGUGUCAUCGCCACGGAAGAACGAGCGCGGGCGAUGCGACGAGGGAGUCCUAACAUGCAGGCUAUGCACGAAUAUCAAGCUGGUAUGCCAGCCGCAUCGGCCCAUCCCAGUGGCGUCCCUCGACCCUACACAAUGAUGAACAUGACUCCGCCAAACUUAGCCGGUCCCCAGUCCGGAAUCUCCGCUUCCGAACAGGCACAGAUCGAACUGUCUCAACAGAUGUCCAGUAUGAUGCAGAUGCAAAUGCAGUGGAUGCAGCAAAUGAUUCAGAUGCAAGGUGGUCAAGGCUCUGCUCAGCCCCCGAUGUCUUCAGGAGGCCUCCCAGUUCCGCCAGGGUUCAAUCCCGCCAUGCAGCUACCGCCGAUGCCCUCACCCGGUCCUUUUCACGAUGCCUCCCCCGGGUACCCCACCAACCAAAGGACCCUGAGUAUGCUCGACCCGAACGUCUCUUCCCGGCUGAACAGCGCCCCCAUGCCGUACAACCCUAUGGCCCAUCGGCCACACACCCCGGCCGGCCAAGGUUAUGCGCCGUCCAUUGCACCAUCGGAGCGUAGCAACGUGGGACUCGCGCCUCGAUAUCGACCAGUGUCGACCAUGCAAGCAGAAGCUGCGACUUCGGCCGAAGCUUCUUUGCCUCGACAGUGGAAUGAUGAAAACCAAAAGUCUUUGCUCUCGGUUGCCUCGCCUGCAGCAUCGCGCUUGGCCCAGCGGCCCAUCUCCAGUGGCAGUCGGUCCGCGGCCAGCGUGCAAGGGAACCGGGUCCGACAGGAUGAAGAUGAAGAUGAAGACGAAGGUUGGGCUGAUAUGAUGAAGAAACGAGAAAAGAAGCGCAACAACUGGAAGCUGAAGAAGGAAACAAACGGUUUCGGUGACCUGUUGAAUGCGGUACAUUAA